GCCUGCCGGCUGGUGAGAACCUGCCUUUUCUGGGCUAAUGUAAACGCCGCGAUGGGCACCCUUUGGACCUGGCUGUACCUCCUCUGUCUGCCUCUUUGCCGGGGCUUACAGUGUAUAAAUCAGCAGGAAUAUUGUACAAACGGAGGGGUGUGUGAAGAGCAGAACGGGACAUGGAUGUGCAGGUGCCCGAUUGGAUUUAUAGGCGAUCGCUGCCAAAACGUAGAGCCUUGCGCAUCUAUCAACUGCAAAAAUGGUGGAUCUUGUCAACGUUUCUCAGCCACAGAAUACCAAUGUCAGUGUCUGCCCGGGUGGACAGGCAAACACUGUGAGUACCUGGACUUUUGUUCAACAAACCGCUGCAUGAACAAUGGAAAAUGUAUCAACACCGUGCCUAACUUCGUGUGCCUGUGCCCGCCGGGCUUUGAGGGCGAAGCUUGCGAGAAGGAUAUCGAUGAAUGUCAGGCGGUGGGAACCUGUCGGAACGGCGGGACCUGCAAGAACCUGUUGGGUUCUUUUGAGUGCGUGUGCGACGCUAUGUACCACGGGGACAGGUGUGAGAUAAGAAGAGGUGUGUGUGCCCCAGACAGCUGUCUCAAUGCAGGGAAGUGCCAGCAGAGGGACGUGGAUUUAUACCAGUGCGCAUGCCCGGCAGAGUACACGGGGUCACAAUGUGAAGAGAACAUCGACGAUUGUAUCAACCACAAGUGCCAGAAUGGGGGUUCGUGCAAAGACGGACUGGGGUCGUAUUCCUGUCAAUGUGCCCCUGGGUGGGAGGGCUGGGAUUGCACCCGGGAUAUCGAUGAAUGUCAGACUCCUGGCAUAUGCAGGAAUGGCGGCACUUGCCAAAACAUGCCGGGGGGGUAUAAAUGCGUAUGCGUCAACGGCUGGAAUGGGGAGAACUGCGAACACAACAUCGAUGAUUGUCUCACGGCCACCUGUGCGCUGGGCUCCACCUGCGUGGACCAGGUGGGGACGUAUAUCUGCCUCUGUCCACCUGGCAGAAUCGGCUUGUUGUGUCAGGAACAAGAUGGCUGCCUGAAUAACCCCUGCCACCCGGCUGCCACCUGUGAUUCUCAGCCGUCUUCUAAGACGGUUCUGUGCCGCUGCCAGCCCGGGUACACCGGACCCACGUGCCACCAGGAUCUCGAUGAAUGCCAGUUAGGUUCCUCUCCCUGUGAGCAUGGUGGAGAGUGCGUGAACACCGAAGGCUCCUUCCACUGCCGCUGCUCUAAGGGUUACACCGGCACCCGCUGCGAAACCGACCAGAAUGAAUGCCAGUCCAACCCGUGCUAUAACGGCGCUACGUGCCUCGACCACUUGGGAUAUUUCAAAUGUUUGUGUUCACCCGGAUACGAAGGAGAACUUUGUGAGUUAGAGAAAGAUGAAUGUGGGAGCUCUCCCUGCCAAAAUGGAGGUCUCUGCUCAAACUCUCCGACCGGCGCCAACUGCUCUUGUCCUGCAGGUUUUACAGGCCUACUGUGCGAGGUCGACGUGGAUGAGUGUGCCAGCUCCCCUUGUCUAAAUGGUGGAAAAUGCCAGGAUCAUCCAGGGGGAUACAACUGUAGCUGCUCUUUGGGUUUCCAGGGUCCCCGCUGUGAGAUUGACGUAGACGAGUGCGCCAGCUCUCCGUGCCACUCCGGGGAGUGCGUGGACAGCCCGGGGUUCUUCUCCUGUAACUGCCUCCCUGGUUACACUGGCGACCGGUGUGAGCAGAACAUUAGUGAAUGCCAGAGUGAGCCGUGCCACAACGGAGCUUCGUGCCAGGACCUUUUGGAUGGAUUCCUGUGUCUUUGCCCACCGGGCAUCACCGGUCUCACCUGCGACACAAACGUAGACGAAUGCGCGAGUAACCCCUGUGUUCACGGUCACUGCACCGACCUGGUCAACUCUUUCCGGUGUCAUUGUGACCCCGGGUUCUCAGGGAUCCUGUGUGACGCGGACGUUGAUGAGUGCCUCUCCAACCCUUGUGAUAACGGGGGCAUUUGCAGUAAUACCGAAGGGGGUUUCUUGUGUCAAUGCCCCCACGGGACCUUAUUGCCUCUUUGUGCCCUACAGGACAGCGAAUGCAACCAGACGUGUGUCCAUGGGAGCUGCCAGGCAAUGGACAGCAGGCAUCACUGUGUUUGUGACCCCGAUUGGUCAGGCCCAGCCUGCGAUACCUACAUCUACCAAUGUGCCACCGAUCCGUGCAAGAACGGGGGAACAUGCCAGCCUCGCCGGGACGGGUUUAACUGCACAUGCGCUUCUGGAUAUACCGGAGCGCUCUGUGACACUCAGCUCAGUCACUGCUCGUCUGAUCCGUGUUUAAAUGAGGGUGUUUGCUUGGAUUCACCUUCCGGAUAUACGUGUUCAUGCGCAACCCCAUAUACCGGAGCCCGCUGUGAUGUCCUUCUUCCGCCUUGUUACUCGGACCCCUGCCAGAAUGGAGGGAGCUGCCAUACGUUUGGGGAUGAGACCCUCUCCUGUCUGUGCCCCGUGGGGUGGCAAGGCUUUUUGUGUGAGAUUGAUGUGGAUGAGUGUAAGACAGAUCCCUGUAAGAAUGGGGGCAGUUGUUUUAAUACCCCUGGGGCAUACAGCUGCACCUGCGUUAAUGGAUACACCGGACAGCACUGCGAUACAAAACAGAAUCGCUGCCUGCAAGUGAAGUGUAAGAACGGGGGCACGUGUGUCAGUUUGCACGACUCCUACCUGUGCUUGUGUCCUCCUGGGUACUCGGGGGAGACGUGCCAGGAGAACGUGGAUGGAUGUGCGUCCUCACCGUGCCAAAAUGGCGGAUCCUGCAGGAGUCAAGGCGUCUCGUAUAUCUGUGUGUGUGAAAAAGGCUUCGAGGGAGUAGACUGUGAACUGAAUUCGCAAGACUGCACCAACAGCUCCUGUCUGAAUGGCGGCACCUGUAUGGAUGGCAUUGCCAGCUUCUCCUGCCUGUGCCCGGAGAGGUUCACCGGCGAGCAGUGCCAGUCCCAGCUCAGUCACUGCCAUCCUCAGCCAUGCAAAAAUGGAGGCAUCUGUGAGGACCUCCCGGAAGGCUAUCAAUGCUCCUGCCCCCAGAGUUACACCGGGGGCAACUGCGAGGUUCCUGUAGAUUUGUGCUCCAAUAGUCCGUGUCAGAACGGAGGAACCUGUUCUCAGACCGGGACGAGGUAUCGAUGUAUCUGUGCCCUGGGAUGGAUCGGGAGUCACUGCGAGACACCCCUAAUGACCUGCAGGGCCACAGCCGCCAGAGAAGGGGUGGAUCCGAACUCUCUCUGCAGUGGACAUGGAAAAUGCGUGGAUUCUGGGCUGUCUCAUGUGUGCCGAUGCUUUUUUGGAUACACUGGACCCCAAUGCAAAGUGAGGAUUGACCUGUGCACCCCAAAUCCAUGUCACAACGGGGGAUACUGCAAGGAAGCUGCUGGUUCCUUCUCCUGCCAGUGCGCACCCGGGUACCUUGGGGACACAUGCGCAGAGAGGGACCCAUGUCUGUCCCAACCAUGUCACCACAAUGGGGAGUGUGUAGCGCACGGCGAGAACUUCCAGUGCGUGUGUCCAUCGGGAACCCAAGGAAUUCACUGUGAAAUUAACUUUGAUGACUGCGCCCCUGUGACAUCAGAACCCCGCUGCUAUCAUGGAGGCACCUGCAAGGACGAGGUUGGGGGCUAUUCCUGCUUGUGCCCCCCAGGGUUUGUUGGUGACAGGUGUGAAGGGGACGUGAAUGAGUGUCUGUCCAAUCCGUGUCACCCUCAGGGGACGCACGCCUGCGUGCAGCUUGACAAUUCCUACAUGUGCCAAUGUAACCGGCACUACACAGGCCUAAGGUGUGAGAAGAUAAUAAACUUCUGUGAGAAUAAUCCUUGUUUAAAUGGAGGAUCGUGCGCGGUCGCGAUUAAUACUCCACUUGGCUUCACCUGCAGUUGCCCACAGGGAUAUUCUGGAGCCACCUGCAGUGACUCCAUAGUUCCUUGUGGCCCCUACACCUGUUAUAACGGGGGGCAGUGCAUGCCAGCACACGGGGGGCUUCCUCGCUGCCUAUGCCCAAGAAGCUUUUCCGGACCCCAGUGCCUGGAAUUUGGGAGGCCAACCGCGACCCUUGCAAGCACCCCUCCCCCCGCUUCCAGUGGACCUUGGCAAAAUUGCACAGAGGCAGAGUGCAGGAAGAAGUUCCGAGAUGGCGUUUGUGACAGUGACUGCAACAACAAAUUAUGUUUGUAUGACGGCUUCGACUGUAACGUCACGUUGUCGUGCAACCCUCUGUAUGAUAAAUACUGCCUCGACCACUUUGCCAAUGGUCACUGUGAGAAAGGUUGUGACAAAGAAGAGUGUGGUUGGGAUGGAGGAGACUGCUCCAGUGAUAUAAGUGACCAUCCUGGGGGAGUCCUCAUCUUGGCGCUGAACUAUGCCCCUCCUGUGCUUCACCGGCGAGAUGUGACCGUCCUCUUGCGCUCGCUCUCCAUCUUCCUCCGGACCAGCAUCAAGUUAUUAACGGACAGCAAAGGAGACAUGCUCUUCAAGUAUCGGAAGAGGGACAACCCAAAUAAGCUGUCACCAGACACUCUACAGAGGUGGGAAUACGAGACGGCGACCUCCUCCCCCGAGAGGGAUCAAGGAGAAGAUGGGGAAGAGGAUGACCAGACUAUUGGCUGCGUCCUCUACCUCGGGGUGUAUGGAGCAAAGUGCGACCGACCUCCCUGCCUCCAUACCGCCGAAGAGGCCGCGCACUUUCUGGAGGCCAUCAGCGUCAACCGAGAGGAGAUUCUGCCUUACACUCUCCUAGGGGUGCAACACAAUGACGAAAAAAAAGGUUCGGUAAGCGAGAUCUCCCAGCUGCAGUGGCCUUUGGUUAUGGCAUCCAUUGGGGCGCUGGUGGCUCUAAUAAUAGGGGGCUUCAUUGGGGUGCAGCUGAGCAGAAAACGCCAGCAUGGAGUUCUGUGGCUGCCUGCCGGAUUCAGUCGCCACCGGGCAGCAGACGGUAGCCGGAGACGCGAGCCUGUAGGGGAAGAUGCUGUCCGACUCAAGCCGUUAAAACAUGAUCCAGGCUAUGAUGACGAUUCAGCCCCAGAAGAAGGUAUUGUGCAGCCAAAAUCCAGGCGUUUGAGGCUUGCUGAAGACUCAUCCAUCCACGACCAUCGACAGUGGAGUCAACAGCACAUCGACGCGGGCGUGCGUUUCCCCCAGUGCAUUGCCCUGACACCACCCCAGGAGGAACCCGAUUGCGGAGACAUCAACGCGAGAGGCCCAGACGGAGUGACUCCUCUAAUGUCAGCCAUUUGUGCUGGAGGGGGCUUGGAACCCGUUGGCGGCGGAGAAGAUCCCCCAGAGGUAGAAAGCUCUGCGGCUGUAAUCUCUGACCUCAUUGGUCAGGGGGCCAGUCUCAAUGCCCAGACGGAUUCCACCGGCGAGACAGCUCUUCACCUGGCUGCUCGAUUCUCGAGGCAAGACGCCAUCAAGUGCAUGCUCGACGCCGGAGCAGACACCAACGUCCAAGACAAACUGGGGAGGACUCCGCUUCAUACCGCUAUCGCAGCUGAUGCUCUGGGCGCUUUCCAGUCUCUCCUACGAUGCCGGCAGACCGAUAUCGAUGCUCGUAUGAAUGACGGGUCCACUCCGCUCAUCUUGGCCUCUCGACUCCCCGUACAAAACAUGGUGGAAGAGCUGGUAUCGUGUGGUGCUGAUAUUGGAGCGACAGAUAAUAGGGGUAAGUCGGCGCUUCACUGGGCAGCUGCUGUGAAUAAUGCGCCGGCACUCAGGACUCUGCUGUGCCAUGGGGCAAACAAAGAUCUACAGGACAAGAGGGAUCAGACCCCUCUUUUUCUGGCCGCUCGGGAAGGAAGUUUUGAGGCUGCCAGGAUUCUCAUCGAACACCAGGCUGAUCGAGAUCUCACUGAUCAUGUAGGACAUCAGCCACGGCAUGUGGCUCGGGAGCGGGGACACAGGGACAUUCAACAACUUCUGGAAGAACGUGGACCCAUAGUCAACAGGAACACGCCUGCGGCACAUCCUCCUGGAGGACCUCAUGCAAAAAAGACUCCGCGACCUCGACCCAAGGACACUGCCAAACCGCCCCCCUUGCCGCACAUAGACCUGAGCAGCUCCUGUUAUCACAAUGCCCCACCUCUUUCAGCACCGCCAUAUGCAGCAGGACCACCAACAGAAGGCAGCUGCUGUCAGUCGCAUCAUUCAAUGCCCACUUAUGGUGGUAACUGCCCUCCUUAUCCUCGCAGUGGCUCCUUCUCCUCAGGGGUGGCCCAAUGCCAGUGGGGAAAUAGAGGUUGGAGAGUCCAUUUUUGCACUGCAGUCCCUGAGGCACCCUACUCAGGCGGAGGUCAACAAGUAUCUCCUCGUGCCCAGUGGCUCCCAGAAUCUCACCAUCCUCAGUCUCCAAAAUGCCAAAAUCCAGUUCCAGGCUACUGCCCAACUCCAUCCUUGGAGCCUCAGCCCGCCAAGGACAUGCCUUGCACCCCCACUGACCAGUUGGGUCAUAGCCUCUACUUGACACCGCCUCCCUCACAGUAUGGCUACCCUUCCCCUGCCAGCCCAGAGGAAAUAUCCACUACCCAAAUGACUUGCAUGCACCACCAUCCUUUCCUCACACCUUCCCCGGAGUCUCGAAACACUUGGGGCAUCGCCUCACCAUAAGUUCUAAGUCAAGUGAAAGGCUGGAAAACUUAUCUGAGCGAUGGGUAGGGUUGUCCUGCUGGGUCAUGGUGGCCAGAUCAGGGACACAAUGUGUGCUGUCCAGGCCUCCAUUCUGUCUAAGGAGUCAGCUCCAGCCAGCCUGUGCCUUUACUAACGCUAAGUGUCCUAUCACAGGGUUGAUAAGUGGGUUUCCUGGCAUGUCGUACCAAAGGGUUCCAUGUGAUACGUGUCCCGCAACAACAGCAUCAAGUCCUUAAUGUGUGUCUUCUUACCGAAACACUGGAUUCUACAUUCUAUCUGUGUCCUGAGUCGCUUGUAACGUCAUAUUCGGGAAUUAAACGUCAUUUUGUUGUUAAUUUGGGCUUUUCUCCAGAAGUUGUAAAAGAAUCUGAUGGAUUCUGCAUCACAAUUUCAGGAAUUUACCACCUUUUUGAAUAAAUUUUCUCCCCCCCCCCAACCAUUCCAAGGUGUUGGAAUUUAACAUCUGCGUACAUUUUUUAUAUAAAAUAUGUUAUUGUCGUAAUGGUUACAGAUGGUUUGUCAAAGCCUUGGAAUUUUGCUUUUAUUUUGGAUAUCAAAUAAUUUCUAACUUAAAGGCGUAAUAAAUGAAUAACGUGUUAUAUGCUAUUUCUCUGUCUUUGUUGGCAUAAUGACGAAGCUGAUUACAAAUCAUGCCUUCCAAGUGCCUACCCGUGUAGUCCUCUUUCCUCCCCUGAUAUCGCUCUUUUCUAAGAGUCUUAAAAAAAGCCAUAAAUUGUUGGUGCUAUAUAAAUAAUAAAAUAUCAUUGGUUUUUAAAUUUGCCAUUAAAUAUUUCUACUGCAGCAAA